GAAAAGCAGUGGGGGAGACUCCCAGAGGAAAGCGUUGCCAUGCAAAGGGGAAACAGGGGAUUUUUGUCACGACGAGCUGUUUGUCCACUUUUGUGAGGUGGUAAUUUGACACAGUUCUCAUCCCUGUUUUGUCCAAGAUGGCGUCGACCGGCAACGUAAGGGGAUUCUCCGCACUGCAUUGCUCUCUUGAGGGAGAAAAGGCCGCCGUGAAAACAUGCUGUUCUCCACCAGUUGGCAGAUUGAAGCAGUCUACGGGAAGAUGCACGGUUUAAUCAUUGUUGAAUUUCGUCUGCAGUCUGACGCUUCCGUAUUGGAGCACGCGAUGUCUCGUUGCGUGUGAAAUCGUACUGUCUGGAUCUCUUUGAGUGAAGAACACGCGGCAGGCCGCAGUUUUUUUGCAGGGCCUUGGUACCAAAUGCUUGUUUACAUAUUUGCCUUGUCGAGUUCUUUUGCAUGCUUUUAGAUAUGCGUGGAGACUGUUAAAUCAACAACCGCUCGGAGAUAUUGUGCGCGGCCCAGCAAUGCUCUGGUUCCACUCCCGUCGUGAGCAGCGAACGCAUGGUGGGCUUUUGUGGCUUCUGUGUGUAUGCCGUCUGCAGACUUGCAAAAAGAGAAAGUUCGUCAAGGAUGGUGUCUUCCAGGCGGAGCUCAAUGAGUUCCUCUCCUGCACACUGUCCGAGGAUGGGUACUCGGGAGUUGAAGUCCGUGUGACUCCCAUCCGCACAGAGAUCAUCAUCCGCGCCACCAGGACUAGGGAAGUGCUCGGCGACAAGGGAAGGCGUAUCCGCGAAUUGACGUCGGUCGUUCAGAAGCGAUUCGGCUUCGCGCCCGACUCGGUUGAGCUCUUCGCCGAGCGUGUGGAGAACCGUGGUCUGUGCGCCAUGGCACAGGCAGAAUCGUUGCGGUACAAGCUUCUAAAGGGGCUUGCAGUCAGACGCGCCUGCUAUGGUGUCCUCCGCCACAUCAUGGAGUCCGGAGCUAAAGGUUGCGAGGUCGUCGUGUCCGGUAAACUUCGCGCUCAGCGUGCCAAGAGCAUGAAGUUCAAGGAUGGUUACCUGAUCUCUACUGGAGAGCCCUCGAAGAUGUUCGUCGACCAAGCAAUCCGCUCGGUGCAACUUCGACAAGGUGUUCUUGGUGUUAGAGUCAAGAUCAUGCUGCCGCAUGACCCGGAGGGCAAACGUGGCCCCGCGAACCCGCUGCCGGAUACUAUUAUCGUGAUGGAUCCCAAGCCAGAGAUCCCCGUUGUGCAGCCUGAGGAGAUGGACGAGGGAGUGCUCGGUCCAAUGUAAUGAGUGAUUCGUGCGUGACUGUUGAUUUAUGGGAGGAGGGUGUCCACAUGUGCGUGACCGUGGAGCAGCCGCUUAACGAAAUUCGCAUGCUCCUUCGUGACGUAAAACUCUUUUCCGGCUAGUAUAUCUGGCCAACGAGUCUGGAAUCUUCUGCUUGCUUCA